CGGGAAAAGAAGAAACCCACAGCAGCGACGGCGGCGCGACGACUUGAUUCAGCGACUCCGCCAUGCCACGAUACUACUGCGACUACUGUGAUACGUACUUAACCCAUGACUCGCAAGCUGGGCGCAAGCAACACAAUCGAGGGUGGAAGCAUCGAGAAAACGUCAAGUUGUACUACGAAGCCGUGAUCCAAGGCCAGGGAGCCACCAUGACACCUGGUGCUUGGCUUCGUCCUGACGCGUCUCGUCCUCCCGCGCCACGACCUCCUCUCAUGAUGUCGAUGCGGCCUCCCAUGGCUAUGGGCAUGAACCCCAUGGGAAUUGGCAUGCAACCUCCCCCUAUGAUGAUGGGAAUGCGACCUCCUCCUCCAAUGGGCGGAAUGUUUCCUCCGCCGCGCGGUCCACCUCCUGGCAUCGUUCCCAUGAUGAUGCGCCCGCCGCCUGUAACUUAACAUGAUGCAUGGAGAUACACUAGUCCGAGUUUCCAACUGAAAUCAUGCAUACAUGCGUCGUCCAUGGGAGUAAUAUUCCCGGCGCAUGAAGGUCACUGCACGAGUCGCAUCCUCAGUUUGGCCACUUUACGCAAAUGACCAGUGCCUUGGUCACAGGAUUACUUCGUCGCCGCUGCGUUCGGAUGGAGGAUGCGAUGACAGUGCGUUUCCGAGUGAGGGAUUGUUCUCAC